AUGUACCCUAAAUCUCCCUUCCCAUCUCGAGGUCUCCUGUUGAGCUCGGUUCGUCCCCAAGUCAGUGGAGUCAACAGUAUAUGUAAUGCAGUGGCCGGUCAGGAUGUAAGUGGUGACAAAUCAUCGUGUAACCCGAAUCCAGAAGUUGACACUAUGGGCUGCCUAGUGGGAAGAUUCAAGAGAGUUGCUGAUGAUCGGGGGUACUUGCCUUCGGGCCUGUUGGCACAUGAGAUAUUGGGCUUUGAGCAACUAGAGCUGCGCACCUGCCUCCAGAUUCGUGCACUAUCAUCACUCGUGCAGAGAUCCCGGUAUACCGUCAACUGCUGGAGCGACCAUGAGCGCUGUCAAGUGGAGGGUUCAGCUUCCGCAUUGACUUUCUGGGCUGCUGUACAGGGCAGAUCUACUGUGAUCUUCGUAGAAGUCCGUCCACAGCGCACUGAAAAGAAUUAG